AGUUGGUAGUUGGGUACCCGAUGGGAAUAGUUCGACCGCGGUUGCUGGCACGAAUCGUGUGGGUUCAACCUCCUCCGGUGUCCAUCAUAUCAUCAUUGUUGUUGUCGUCGUUCUCGGCUGCGCAGCAAUAAACCGCGUUGUACGCAGCGAAAACACUGUAGUAUAUUAUAGUCAAAGUAUAAUAAUAUUAACAUUGUACGUUUGAUUAUUAUUAUCACCGGACUUGCGCGCAGUCGAAAUGUUCAGCGGCAAAUGCACGAGUGCGGCCAGAUUGGACGGCAAGACCGCCAUCGUCACCGGUUCGAACACGGGCAUCGGCAAAGUCACGGCCAAAGAAUUCUACAGAAUCGGUGCUAAAGUUAUCGUGGCGUGCAGGGAUGUUAAAAAAGCGGAACAAGCUGUGACAGAAAUAGUGGCGGACGUAAAAGGCGAUAAUCUAGGACAACUAGUCGUAGAGGAAUUGGAUUUGGCAUCUUUCGCUUCGAUCAAACGCUGUGCAAAAAGCAUUUUGCAAAAAGAAAAACAUAUUCACCUCUUAGUAAACAAUGCCGGGGUAAUGGCGUGCCCUAAGGGGAAAACCCAAGAUGGUUUUGAAACCCAAUUUGGCGUGAAUCACUUGGGACAUUUUCUAUUCACAUCGCUACUAUUGCCAAGAAUCCGAAAUUCAACUCCGGCUCGCAUCGUUAACGUUUCAUCGAUGGCUCAUACAAGAGGUGUGAUCAAUUUCGAUGACAUAAACUCCGAUACAAAUUACUCGGCCAUGGUAGCUUACAGUCAAAGUAAACUAGCCAAUGUACUGUUUUCUAAGGAACUGUCACAAAGGCUUGAAGGUACUGGAGUACACGUGUACAGUCUACAUCCUGGCCUUGUACUUACUGAAUUAGGCAGAACGAUCGACCAAGUGUACUUUCCAGGAAUGCGAUUCCUGGCUCGUUUCUUUCUCUAUCCGUGGAUGAAGACUCCGGAACAAGGAGCUCAGACUACGAUACAUUGUUCGAUAGACGAAAAAGCUGGAGAAGAAAACGGGCUCUAUUACAGCGAUUGUAAGGUAAAAGAACCGUCAACGUUAGCCAAAGACCCCGAAUUGGCCAAAAAACUUUGGGAAAAAAGUAUAGAGAUGGUAGGUUUGAAGGAUUACGACAUGUUUAACUGUGAAGACACGCUGCCUGAACCCCUAAAAGACGUCUGAACCAAUAUGUAUAAUUUGUAUUAAUCUACAUAUAAUAUCUAUAUUAUAUUUAAUUUUAUAUCAUUUUUAUUUUAUAUAUACUUAUACGUUUUUACAUGAUAUUAUAUUAUGGGAAUGAAUUUUGCAUUUAUAUACCUAAUAAAUUAAUUUUUCAACUCCAACGUUUUGACUAUUUAAUCAGUUUUUGUCGAACACCUUAAUUUUUAUACUUAUAGAUUUUACGAUGACAUGUACCUAUAUGUUUAUUUUUAUUUUAUUCUGUCCGUUAUUAUCUAUGGGAACAUUAAUAAAUAAUAAUGCUUUCAAUCUUUAGCUUAGAGAACUUAGGUCCUGGUAGAAAAUUAUAUCUUGUUGGUGGGUAAGAAAUAAAAAAUUCCCAGUAAUUUUCAAAAAAAAUGAAAAAUAGGUUAAAACAUGAAUUUAUACACAAAACUAUGGGUUAUGUCAAAAUCGAUUUUGUUUUUUUUUUGUUCAAAUUCAAAAAUAGGUAACUAAAGACUCGAAUAUAGAAGUUUCACUAAAUAUUUGUAUUAGGAAUUCCCAGACAUGAAUACAUUAUGCAUUUACUAUGUACAUUAAUAUUUUCAAAAUAUUCAUAUUAAUUUUAAGCUAUUUAUUUCACCAAAUAAUACUAUUCAUAUUUCGUAAUACUGAAUUAAAUUUGUUUCAACAGCAUAAUAAAAUAAUACUAUAAUGGAAAUUCUACCUCAAAACCAUGAUUAUGAUUUAUGAAAUUUAUUUACUUGGGUAUCUAAUUCUUAUAAGUACUUCAAAAUUAUUUAUUGGAACAUCAUGACAUUUUUUGUGAAUUUAAUUUGUCCUAAGUAUAACAUAUUGCCUAUACUUAACCCCUUUUAAAUUUACAUAAAACUAAGAAGUCUGUAAGCUCAUGCAGUCAUACAUUAAAAUGGAGCCUCGGAACAUACUUUUAUUAACUAACCCUUAUGUUAGAUCGGAUAUUAUGUUUUUAACCGAAAUAUAUUUAUUUAUACAA